CGGCUGCGGCUGCGAGCCUCACGAGUCCAAAUGGGCGGCUCCGGCGGUCAUAUCCCUCCACCCCAGCUUCCUGGAAACACAUACUCCGAGUCCCCAAUCUUCUCGCCCCCUGCUUUAAUAAAACCCUCUGCUUUGCGUUCGUUGACCCGCAAGCUCCGCUUUCCAGUCUCUGCUCUUGCCCUCCGUCUCUUCACCUCAGCUCUUGCAGCAGAGGCGGCCAAUGGCGCAGGACGACCCGGUUGUCUCUGCGCAGUGGCUGCAGCAGCACCUAGGGCAGCCCGACAUCAAGAUACUGGAUGCUUCCUGGUACAUGCCACACGAGAGCAGGGACGCAUGGCAAGAAUACCAGGUUUCUUUCUGGACCAGCUUCGCUGCAAACUCUUCACCCCUUUUGUGCCAAUGUUUCUCCCGGCUAAGAUGUUCAGAUAUGCUCAGGUGGCCCAUAUUCCUGGCGCGCUCUACUUCGACAUCGAUGGAAUUUCCGAUCGGACGACUCAUUUGCCACACAUGCUACCAUCAGAAGAGGCUUUUGCAGCAGCAGUUUCUGCGCUUGGCAUCAGCAACCAUGAUAAGGUUAUUGUUUAUGAUGGGAAGGGGUUCUACAGCGCGCCUCGUGUUUGGUGGAUGUUCAGAAUUCUUGGACAUGAUAAAGUUUGGGUCUUAGAUGGAGGUUUCCCUCAGUGGCAAGCUUCUGGAUUCAAUAUUGGAAGCAGCUGCCUUGAUGAUGCAGUUCUGAAAUCCAGAGCUGCUAAUAGUGCUGUUGAAACAGCUUAUAAUGGUGAAUUGGCAAAUGCUGCCACAUUUCAGACAGAGUUUCGACAUCAGCUAUUGUGGACACUAGAAAAGGUCAAACACAAUGUAGCUGCUAAGGCUCACCAAGUAGUUGAUGCCCGAGUAAAGGGCAGAUUUGAUGGUGUAAUGCCAGAACCAAGGGAAGGAGUAAGAAGUGGGCAUAUACCUGGAACUAAAUGUGUUCCGUUCCCUGAGAUGUCUGAUGGUGCACAAACGCUCCUCCCUGCAGAUGAGAUAUCUAAAAAGUUCGAGCAAGCAGGCAUUUCCCUUGCUGACCCGAUUGUCCUCACAUGUGCAUCUGGUGUAACUGCCUGCAUACUUGCCCUGGGGCUCUAUAGAAUUGGGAAGCAUGACGUUCCGGUUUACGACGGAUCUUGGACAGAAUGGGAAGCACUGCCGGAUAAUGAUUACCCGAUAGUUACUUCCGCUGGCUCUUAAAUCGGUCAUUCUGAGGUGAUGAAUGCAGCUGUUACAUCCUGCGGCAUUCAGCGCGAUGAUAUUUUCCUUUGGCAAGCUGUGCAUCAAAGUCAAUACAAAGGUUAUAGGAAAAAAAAAACUAUUGUACUAUGGCCAAUGUCUAUAGGCCAAUAAUGAGGAAAUCCUAUGUCGAAAGCGUCAAUUAAGUUCAUAUUGGUGUUGUACUUAUAACGUUACUGUUGAAGAAAUAUUGACUUGAAAACAAGAUCAUUCGUCUGAACUGAAGAAAUCAUGCCUUGAAAACAACAUUACGUUUA